AUGACAAGGCCUGUAGGAACUAUCUUUAUUGUGUUGAAUUGCUUUCAUAGGCAUUCCCCCAGGCAUGAGUACUUUGACCCCAAUGAUUUCCUGGAGGGCAUGCAGCAGGAGAUAGAGCGAGAGGAGCUGGAAUAUGAGGUAACAUACAGACGACUCCCUCUUGUCUUUCUCCCUCCCCCUUCUCCCCCUUCUCCUUCUCUACCCGUCCCCCCUCUCUCCUUCACCUAUUCUCUCGCUCUACCCCUCUCUUCUUCUCCCACUCUCUCCACCUAACCUCCUUUCUCCCCUUCUCAAUGAAGAUAAACAUUCAGACAUGCGACGCCGUAUUCCUCUGGCCGUCCCAUCACUGAGCCACUGUGUCUCCGUCCCAAUGGCUCUGUUAGUCACCACAAGGCCCAUUCUCCCAAUAUAUCACCGUUAUCAAUGAGCUGAGCCCACUCUAUCCCCGUAACGACACUGAGUAUGUAGGCCAGACAGAAAUCGAGUGGCUUGUUUGCUCCAUAGUACCCCUGAGCAGAUGCGAAGUGGUGACAUCAUUACUUAUUUUGUGACAACGCCUAAUGCGUCUUUGCUUUAGAGGGGGGUCCUGCAAGAGGCUUAUGCACUGAGGAUAAUUAGAUGGCACCGAUAAUAGGAACCAGAGUGAUGGAUUUGAUGAUGCACAUUAACAAUGGCGUGAUGGGGCCCUGAUGAGGAAGGAUGUAGACGGGAGAUAGAGACUCCAAGGUCUCAGGGUGCUCCCCCUCUUUCCCUCCUCCCCUCCCAACCACUGCAGUGCAUUAAUAACCUAUCGCCAACAUGAAGCCGGAGAGUUCAAGCUGUCCAAGCCAAACGCAGAUGCACAGUAUACAGACUACCUUGUCCUAGAUCCAAGGUCGAUCUGAUGAAGCCCUCUAGCUCAGAGCCACUGAUCGUAAUACAGUGGACAAUAUGUGAUGAUCUUAGCUCACCACCACCAUCCCACUGAUGUUCUUCCUAGCAUCCUUUCUGCUGCAGUCCAAUAAGAUGCCUCUGUUGAUACUCUCUGAGUUGUAAUGAAGGGGUCCUGUCUCAGUCUUCCCUGCCCCAGUAUUCAUAGACACUUACACUGAAAUGCUUGUGUUAAAACAUGUGCAUAAUGAUGUUAUGCAACAUUUAAACGGCUUAUGAUGUAGGUCCACAACAAAAGCGUGAAUUAGUCUGGCUAUCAAUUCAGACAAAAGGUCAGGGCCUUUUUUAAAGGGGUAUUGUACUGUAACGGCACGGUAAAGCGAAAGCCACGGUAGUCAAUUACAUAUUAUACUGUCUCGUGUGAAAAUUAGAUCUCAUAUUUUGUACACUUUACUCUUUGUUUAUGUGUUUAUGAAAAUACCUCUUUUUUUAAACCCUGUCUGAAACCCCAGUGUAUUCUGAGUGUUCUGUUUUGGAGAUUAGAGGAGAUUUCAGUAGUCAGCUGCCGUGGUAGAGAACAGUUGCGUUGGGGGGUUAACCCUCUCUCCACCCCUGGCCCCGAGGUAUAGUAUCAGGGUCGGUAUCUCACAGAUUACAGGUGUUGACUAGUGACAAACGGGACACUGCUUAGCUGCAAGCCAGUGGAUCAUCCCUCAUCCUGUCACUGUCCCCUAGAAAAGUUACAGGGCAUAGGCUGCACCCAAUUACUGGAGUCAUUAUUGUGAUGAAUGGAUCAUUGUGUGUGUGUGGACUUAGAUUGAACUCAAUAUACUGCUGGGUGUGUCUUAAGAAAACAACAGCAACCAUGGAACUCCACUCCACACAUUGAGAGAGAGAGAUCUGUGAUGUUUAAUUUUGUGUUUUUGCCUUGUUGCAGGAAGUGGAUUUGUACAGAGAUAACAUCCAGGACAAGCUUGGGUUGACUGUCUGCUACAGGACUGAUGAUGAGGACGAGACUGGAAUCUACGUCAGUGAAGUAUGUGGUCAACUUUCAACAACAGCCAAAUGUUGUUGUCAGGGUGUAAAGAACGGGAUAAUGGAUGUAUAGAACUUCAUUUAUCAUCUUAUGGUCACCAUGGUAACAGACGGCACACCUCUAAAUUAGGAAUAUCAAAACCUGCAGAUAAGAAUUGCAUUUACUUCUAAACAGAAAUGUUUUCCGUUUUCUCUGACCAAAGGUCUGCUUGAAAUGAAAAAUCUUCUCCUGUUCUCUCUUUCUUUAGAUUGACCCAAACAGCAUCGCUGCAAAGGAUGGCAGGAUCAGAGAGGGAGAUAGAAUUAUCCAGGUAAGGAUAAAGAACACUCUCAAUACUUUCAAUGAAUGCAUUACCGGUUCCGAGCCCGUCUCUAAUUCCAUUCCUUCUGCUCUCUGCAGAUCAACGGGAUUGAGAUCCAGAACCGGGAGGAUGCUGUGGCUCUGUUGACCAGUGAGGAGAAUCAGAAUGUGUGUCUACUGGUGGCCAGACCAGAGAUCCAGGUAAACUCACCACCCACCUCCUAGAAUCCUUUAUAGUACUAGGCAUGCAUAGCAGUGGCGGUCAGUGCCGUUUAUGAUGAGGGGGGACCUUUUUUUUUCUUCAUGAGCAUGGCCUUCUUUCUAUUACAGCAUGUUGGAUGACUGUCAUUCAUAUUCCAUUCACCCAGUUCAAUGUAACAUCGACAGGUUUAGGCUACUACAUGAUACUCAAAUUUUCCCUAUACCCAUCAUGAGGUUGCUACAACCUAGCCUAUGAAUUAAAGUUUACAACAGAGGUACACACAGGUCGAGAUAAAAAUGUGAGAUGACAGACAGUGACACAUGGACAGACAGUGACACAUUCAAUACCGCCUUGCACACUCAUGCCUGCAUCCAGCUUAUCUAGGGUGUAAUCAUUAGUCCAACAGUUUCUAUUAGACAAAUUCAGGUAUUUUUAUCCCUGUUUCGCUUGCUUCCGUUUAAGAAACUUUUUCAACAGAAUCGGCGGAAUGAAUACACCCCUGAUCACACAUAAACAGAGUUCACUUUCAUAGCAGCCACGUUGUAUUCAUUCUAGCCUCUAUGCACUCUCCUCCUCUCACUUUUUCCCUUUGUUUGUGGACUUUAAUGAACAACACAUCAGCUGUAUGUGACCAGGCGAAAAAACCUUUCCAAGCCAAACCAUGUCAUAACCGCUACACACAGCCUACAUCGUCCCCAUAUUAGCUAAAGUAACGUCCUAGUCAACAUAGCUAAUAGAACUAAUGCGCUAGUAAACCCGCUACAAUCAUGCAGUAACGUUACAGUGUAUAGUCAGUAAGCAGUUAGACUGGCGGGCCCCGGUGGCAAUAAAUUAAUAAAACCAAAAGCUUACCUUGACUUGGAAGAGUUCCAGUGUUGUGUUGGAUAGUCAUAGCCAGCUAUCUAACAUAGCAUCCCUCUGUUUGAGCCGGGUGUUUGAGUAACUAAACUAGCCAGCUGCAUUUGCUAGCUAAGUAAGUGAAACUGAAAGUGAAAGAAAAUGACUCUCUCGCUCUUGCUUCUCCUUCAUUUUUGAAGAAAUUAAUUUGUUGAAAACUAUUCAACUAUUGUCUUUCUAUCUCUUUGAAUCAACAACACACCACAUUUUAUGCACUGCAGUGCUAGCUAGCUGUAGCUUAUGCUUACAGUACAAGAUUUAUUAUCUGAUCCUUUGAUUGGGUGGACAACAUGUCAGUUCAUGCUGCAAGAGCUCUGAUAGGUUGGAGGACGUCCUCCGGAAGUUGUCAUAAUUACUGUGUAAGUCUAUGGAAGGGGAUGAGAACCAAGAGCCUCCUAGGUUUUGUAUUGAAGUCAAUGUACCAAGAGGAGGGCGGAAGCUAGCUGUCCUCCGGCUACACCAUGGUGCUACCCUACAGAGUGCUGUUGAGGCUACUGUAGGACGUCAUUGCAAAACAGUGUGUUUUAAUAAAUUAUUUGGGGACAUGUAAAUAUAUUUAUCUAAAAAUAAUAACUUUUUCAAUGUUUUACCAUUUUUAUUUUUAUGAAAUUCACUGAGGAGGAUGGUCCUUCCCUUCCUCCUCUGAGGAGCCUCCACUGAUGCAUAGACUGUCUAUACAGUACCAGUCAACAUUUUGGACACACCUACUCAUUCAAGAUUUUUUCUUUAUUUUUACUAUUUUCUACAUUGUAGAAUAAUAGUGAAGACAUCAAAACUAUGAAAUAACACAUAUGGAAUCGUGUAGUAAGCAAAAAAGUGUUAAACAAAUCCAAAUAUAUUUUAUAGUUGAGAUUCUUCAAAUAGCCACCCUUUGCCUUGAUGACAACUUUGCACACUCUUGGCAUUCUCUCAACCAGCUUCACCUGGAACGCUUUUCCAACAGUCUUGAAGGAGUUCCCACAUAUGCUGAGCACUUGUUGGCUGCUUUUCCUUCACUCUGCAGUCUGACUCAUCCCAAACCAUCUCAAUUGGGUGGAGGUCGGGGGAUUGUGGAGGCCAGGUCAUCUGAUGCAGCACUCCAUCACACUCCUUCUUGGUAAAAUAGCCCUUACACAGCCUGGAGGUGUGUUGGGUCAUUGUCCUGUUGAAAAACAAAUGAUAGUCCCACUAAGCCCAAACCAGAUGGGAUGGCGUAUCACUGCAGAAUGCUGUGGUAGCCAUGCUGGUUAAGUGUGCCUUGAAUUCUACAUAAAUCACUGACAAUGUCAGCAGCAAAGCACCCCCACACCAUAACACCUCCUACUACAUGCUUUACGGUGGGAAACACACAUGCGGAGAUCAUCCGUUCAACCACACCGCGUCUCACAAAGACACGGCAGUUGGAACCAAAAAUUACCAAUUUGGACUCCAGACCAAAGGACACAUUUCCACCAGUCUAAUGUCCAUUGCUCGUGUUUCUUGGCUCAAGCAAGUCUCUUCUUAUUAUUGGUGUCCUUUAGUAGUGGUUUCUUUGCAGCUAUUCAAAUAAAAUAAAAUACAAUUUUGAUGAUUUGUCACAUACACGUGUUUAGCAGAUGUUAUAGCGGGUGUAGCGAAAUUCUUGUGCUUCUAGCUCCGACAGUGCAGUAAUAUCUAACAAGUAAUAUCUAACAAUUUCACAACAUAUACCUAAAACACACAAAACUAGUAAGGAAUGGGAUUUAAGAAUAUAUACAUAUAUGGACAAGCAAUGACAGAGCGGCAUGGACUAAGAUACAGUAGAAUAUUAUAGAAUAGAAUGCAGUAUAUAUAUAUGAGAUGAGUAGUGCAAGACAUAUAAACAUUAUUAAAGUGAAUAUUCGACCAUGAAGGCCUGAUUCACACUGUCUCCUCUGAACAGUUGAUGUUGAGAUUUGUCUGUUACUUGAACUCUGUGAAGCAUUUAUUGGGCUGCAAUUUCUGAGGCUGGUAACUCUAAUCUCUAAACUUAUCCUCUGCAGAAGAGGUAACUCUGGGUCUUCCAUUCCUGUGGCGGUCCUCAUGAGAGCCAGUUUCAUCAUAGCGCUAGAUGGUUUUUGCGACUGCACUUGAAGAAACGUUCAAAGUUCUUGAAAUGUUCCGUAUUGACUGACCUUCGUGUCUUAAAGUAAUGAUGGACUGUUGUUUCUCUUUGCUUAUUUGAGCUGUUCUUGCCAUAAUAUGGACUUGGUCUUUUACCAAAUAGGGCUGUCUUCUGUAUACCCCCCUACCUUGUCACAACACAACUGAUUGGCUCAAACGCAUUAAGAAGGAAAGAAAUUCCACAAAUUAACUUUAAAGAAGGCACACCCGUUAAUUGAAAUGCAUUCCAGGUGACUAUCUCAUGAAGCUGGUUGAGAGAAUGCCAAGCGUGUGCAAAGCUGUCAUCGAGGCAAAGGGUGGCUAUUUGAUUCCAAAUGUGUUAUUUCAUAGUUUUGAUGUCUUCACUAUUAUAAAAUAAAGAAAAACCCUUGAAUGAGUAAGUGUGUCCAAACUUUUGACUGGUAUUGUAGUUGUCUGUUUCCUAAGUUGUACUGUAGCCUUAAUUGGCAGAGACUGAAGUCCUCCUCCCUCUUUCUUCCUCUCUCCUACCCCGGUGUCCCAGCUGGAUGAGGGCUGGAUGGAUGAUGACAGGAAUGACUUCCUGGAUGACCUCCACAUGGACAUGCUGGAGCAGCAGCACCAUCAGGCCAUGCAGUUCACCGCCAGCAUGCUGCAGCAGGUAGUGUACAGCAGCCAGCAUAGAACCACUCAGAACUGUAUACACAUACAUACACACAGCAUGAGUCAACAAUCAAUCACAGAGUCACAUAUGCUCACCUGCAUGUUACUGACGAUGAGCCAAUUCCAAACAGAGUAGCAUAUGUUCAGUUGGCCUAAUGGCCCAUAGUACUCUACAUACCGAAAUGUAGUAGUACUGAAGUGGGUAGGUUCACAUACUGUAGUCAGUGAUAACUGCAGAGGAAACACAUCUAAUAAUGUUAGAAGGUGAUUCAAUUAUUAAUCCUAUUGUCUGGUGUUGCAGAAGAAGCUUGAGGAAGAUGGUGGAACGACUGACACAGCCACCCUGUUGUCCAACCACCACGAGAAAGACAGCGGGGUGGGCCGCACCGACGAGAGCACGCGCAAUGACGAGAGCUCUGAGCAGGAGAACCUGGGGGACGACCAGACCACGGCCUCCAACACGCUGGGCAGCUGCAGCCACCAGAAGCUGGCCUAUAGCCAGGACACCCUGGGAAGCGUUGACCUACCCUUCAGCAGUGAGUCAUUCAUCUCAGCAGACUACGACCACGCUGACUUCCUGGGCAUCCCCGCUGACGAGUGUGAGCGCUUCCGAGAGCUCCUGGAGCUGAAGUGCCAGGUGAGGAGCGUGGGGGGCCCCCAGGACCUGUACUGCCAGAGUGCCGGGGCUGGAGGGGCCGAGGAGGGGGUGGACAAGGAGCUGGAGCUGCUGAACGAGGAGCUGCGCAGCAUCGAGCUGGAGUGCCUCAACAUCGUCCGGGCCCACAAGAUGCAGCAGCUGAGGGAGCAGUACCGCGAGUCCUGGAUGCUGCACAACAGCGGCUUCCACAACUACAACACCAGCAUCGACGCGCGCCGCCAUGAGCUCUCCGACAUCACAGAGCUGCCCGAGAAGUCAGACAAGGACAGCUCCAGCGCCUACAACACUGGUGAGAGCUGCCGCAGCACCCCUCUCACCCUAGAGCUGUCUCCAGACAACUCCCUCCGCAGGGGGGCAGAGAACCAGGGGUUGUCCGGGGCCUCCAGCAGCGCAGGGCCCAACAGCAGGAUCCUCAAGCCCCUGCUGUCUCCUGUCCAGGAGGCCGGUGGCCCCAGCAGAAUCAGGCCCUCCUCCUCUAAGGAGUCUGAGUGUGGCCUGCAGGCGGAGGGGAAGGAGCAUAAGCUGGGAGAGUCAACUCACAAGCUGGCCCAGCCCCGUUCCCUGUACAAACAUGCCCACAUCCCGGCCCACGCCCAGCACUACCAGAGCUACAUGCAGCUGAUCCAGCAGAAGUCUGCCGUGGAGUACGCCCAGAGCCAGAUGAGCCUGGUCAGUCUGAUCAGCCGCGGUGACGCCGUGAACCCCGGAGAGAUGCUGGAUCCCAAAAUGGAGUGGAAGGUAAAGAUCCGCAGCGACGGCACGCGCUACAUCACCAAGAGGCCUGUCAGGGACAAGCUGCUGAAGGAGCGCGCCCUGCGUAUCCACGAGGAGCGCAGCGGCAUGACCACGGACGACGACGCCAUCAGCGAGCUAAAGAUGGGGCGGUACUGGAGCAAGGGGGAGAGGAAGCAGCACGCGGUGCGCGCCAAGGAGCAGAGGCAGCGACGCGAGUUCAUGAAGCAGAGCCGCGCUGACUGCCUGAAGGAACAGGCCAGCCUGGACGACGACAAGAAGGAGCCCAACAUCAUCGAACUGAGCCACAAAAAGAUGAUGAAAAAGAGGAACAAGAAAAUUUUUGACAAUUGGAUGACUAUCCAGGAACUUUUGACCCAUGGUGCUAAGUCGCCUGAUGGCACGCGAGUGUACAACUCCCUCCUGUCCGUCACCACAGUGUAG